AGUGUUCAAAGUAUUACUGGGGCUAACAAGAGCUGUAGUCUGCUCCUGAUCCUGACCCGUCAUUGAUUUUAUGUGGAUUUAUUAGAAAUAAUGGAUUUCAACGUUAAAAAAUUGGUCAAGGAUGCUGGCACUGCUCUUAGCAGGGUUGUACAGAUGCGCUUUGUGCUCUUGCCACUCUCUGAGGAAUUCCAGCUGUCGUUUCUAUAUUCGAUUUCUGUGCGCAGCUAACUGAAGAGAAGCUCGGUACAUCUGAGAAGACAGAACUUGACGCCCACUUCGAAUUCCUCGCAGACAGAGCUGAUGCGACAAAAAAUUGGACUGAAAAAAUACUCAAGGAUGAGGAGGCAAUGCUCACACCAAAUCCAGGCAAUAGAAUUGAGGAUUUUUUUUUUGAGAAAAUUGACAAAAAAAAGCCAAACAGGCUCAGCAAUUUGGAGUACGUUGGUAUUGACAUGAUCGAAGCAGGAAAUGAUUUUGGACCCGGUACUGCUUAUGGUAGCGCCCUGAUAAAAGUAGGCCAAUGCCAGCAAAAAUUGGGACAAAUCGAGAGGGAUUUUAUUGGUACUGCAGCAAACUGCUAUGUUCAACCGCUGAGAAAAUUUUUAGAUGGAGAAAUGAAGACUAUCAGUAAAGAACGAGGUAUCCUGGAGACCAAACGAUUAGACUUGGAUGCCUCCAAAAAUAGGGUGAAGAAGGCUAGGAGUAUGCUGGGUCAGCAGAAUGAAUCUGGAGUUUCUUACGAAGUUUUACUAGAUCAGGCAGAAAGGGAGCUAAGAGUCGCGCAAUCAGAAUUCGAUCGGCAAUCAGAGAUAACAAAAUUCCUUUUGGAAGGUGUAUCCAGUUCACAGGCAGGUCACUUACGUUGUCUUCAUGAACUUGUCGAAGCACAAGCCCGCCAUUAUGCUCAGUGUCACGCUGUAAUGCAAGAUCUGCAGCGAGAACUAGCUGGCAUGUCUGGAGCAACCUUCCACUCGUCCACUCCACCGUCUCCUUCCGCACCAGCAGAGAAUGGUCAAGAUCGCGCACGUGUCGUCUGCAACUAUGAGGCAAGAGAUCCCAGCGAGCUCAGUCUCAUUCAAGACGAGGUGAUAUGUGUUACGGAGAUACAAGGAGACGGAGAUUAUUUGAUGGGUACUAGGGGUAAUCAGCAAGGAAAAGUGCCUAAGGCUUUCUUAGAGCCAAUCGUUUCUCACUGAAUUCCUAUCAUCUGUGUCAAGAUUUUACGUCGUAGCAAUUUAGAGUUCUCCCUGAUAUGCGGAACACAGAAAGUGGCGAUCUGAUGUUAGAUCAUGGCACUGGCCACUCCAGGGUUAAUUAUGUGGUUCUACUGGAUUGAGGACGAUGCAAUUAUUAGUGGACUAGAUUCACGUCAGUUGUUGCUAAUUGUUAAAAGAAAAGAAGUUAGUGCAAUUAUAUUCCCAUACCCUGCUUACGGCUAGUGGUGAUUGCUGGAUUUAUUGGUAUAUUGUUAAAAUAUGGCAGGUAUAACUAUUAGGAGGGGUAGAAGAACUUGUUACAUUGCUCCAUCACUGUAGAUUAUCCACAAUUAUUUUUUUAUGAGAUUAUAUUGAAAUUGAUGCUGGUUAUCACAUAUGUGAUAACGGAAAUCUAAUUGUAAGUAUUUCGAGUAGUGCACAUGGCUACAUAACGACAAUAUUAUUUGUGACGACCGGUUGAACUUUACGAUCCUUUUUCUUCCAUCUGGAAUACACUGUGAUUUUUUCACCAAAUAUCGUCUGGGAUUGAAGAGCAUGCUUACGAAUGAGCAAUUAUCCUAAAUCCAUACCUUGAUUAAGUUAUUACACAGAUGCUAAAUCAUUGAUCUUCUGUCUGAACAUACAGACUAGGUUUAGGCUGACUGUAGCCAUUGUUUCGAUUCCUAAUUGAUUGUUAUAAAUGUGCAAUAUUUGUUAUUCUUAGUAUAAAAUACUCUCAAUUAUAAUGAUAAAACUAAUAACAUUUAAAAGUAAUUACACUACGGUAAAUACCCGAUUGUUAUUCCUUAUUAUAAAUAACCGUUGUUACCAGUCUUGAUAACAAUAAUUUACUAUCAUCACCUUUAUCUUUGAAAACACGAAUAAAAUGAGAGUUGCCAAUUAA